AUGUCGUUCUGGGACAAAUACCUAGCACCAGGUGACAUCCGCAACCCCCCCUCCAAAGCCACAAGGGGUCCCGCUCCACCAACCAAAGAUGCAUCCACUCAAGUACUAACGAAACCCUUCCGCGUGGACGCCGCGACCCGCCAGCGUCGCCAAGACGCCACCUUCUACGGCGGCAUCCUCUUCACACUCCUCUCCCUCCUGGUAACCCGGCGGGCUCUCCGCCGAAAACUCCUCACCGCACACCCCCCGACCCUUCCGCACGGCGUCCCGACCGCUGCAGGCGUCGCAGGGCCCCCUAAUCCCGUCCCUAAAGCCCUUGAUUCCGGCCCGCUAGACGCCAUAGAAGCUCUCGGGUUAGCGACGCUCAACGUCUUCAGCGUGGCGAUGUUUGGGCUCGGGUGCGUGAUGAAGGGUUUUAAUGUAGCGGAUCUGGAGGAUUUGCGGGAUGGGGUGCGGAAGGGGGUGGGGUUUGAUGUUUAUGGGGGUCAAGUGGAGUCCGAGGCGGAUAAGGAGAUGGAGGGGUGGGCGAAGGAGUGGUUGGAGAGUCGGAAGGAUGGGCCGGCUAUUGGGGUUGGCGAGUUAAAGGAUGGGAUUUUGGGCAAGUUGGCGGAGAUUGAGGGGAGGGAGAGGGAGGGGAAGGCGGAAGGGAAGAGGUCGUGA